UUUGUUUUUCCACACCAUUGCAUCACGAAAGGUACCAUGUGAUGGUGGUUUCAACUGUUUUUUGUUUAUAGAUUACACCCUGGUGUAUCCUGACUGACCACUGUUAUCAAACAAUACACAGAGGACCCGAAACAAAUUUACAAGUUAUCAUGACAAAGCCAGAAGGAUUUGAAUUUUGGAGGACUAAGUUGAAAUCAGCUCGUCUGGUUGUGGCGCCAAUGGUUGACCAAAGUGAACUAGCUUGGCGAAUGCUGAGUCGGAGAUACGGAGCUGAGCUGUGUUAUACCCCCAUGUUUCACGCCACGUUGUUUGCACGAGACCCGACCUAUAGGAGGGACUGUUUGCAGACCUGUGAGAGUGACAGGCCACUUAUUGUGCAGUUUUGCGCCAAUGAUCCAGACACAUUUGUAAAGGCAGCUAAGCUGGCUGAAUCUCAGUGUGAUGCGAUCGACCUCAACCUCGGCUGUCCCCAGAGUAUAGCUCGCCGUGGCCACUAUGGUGCCUUCAUCCAAGAUGAAUGGGAACUACUGGAGAAAAUGGUGAAACUGUGUCAUGCUGAGUUGAAGGUUCCCAUCACCUGCAAGAUCCGAGUGUUUGAGAGUCUGGAGAAGACUGUACGAUAUGCCCAGAUGUUGGAGAAGGCUGGAUGCCAGCUGCUGACAGUACAUGGCCGCACCAAGGAACAGAAGGGUCCCCAGACUGGUGUAGCUAAUUGGGACUACAUUAAAGCUGUCCGGGAAAGAGUACAGAUCCCGGUGUAUGCUAACGGGAACAUCCAGUUCUUCCCUGAUGUGGAGCAGUGCAUCAAGGAGACGGGGGUUCAGGGCGUCAUGUCUGCAGAGGGGAACUUGCACAACCCCGCCCUGUUCAGCGGUCAGCAGCCCCCGGUGUGGGAGAUGGUGGGGGAGUACCUGGACCUGGUUGACCAGUACCCCUGCCCGAUAUCCUACGUCCGUGGCCACGUCUUCAAGAUCCUGCACCAUUCGCUUCAGGUACACCAGGAUGUCAGGGAGGAGGUGGCUACUGCAAAGACUGUGGAGGACUUCAGACUGGCCAACAAGCACAUCGAGGAGAGAUGCCAGGAGGACAUGGCAAAGUUUGCCAUCUCCCCCGAGGAGAUUCUGACCAGAACGAUACUGCCUCUCCCAUACUGGAUCUGCCAGCCUUACAUCAGACCAGGUCUCAACCCAAAUGCCAAUGGAGACAAGCGUGCCGAGCGAGACCGCCUCAACUUGAAGCGGAACAAUGAGUUGAAUGCCCUGGCCAUGGAAGGAUUAUCCAGAAACAAACUAAAGAAAAUGCUGCGACAUCCCAAGAAGAACUUUGAUCCUUCACACAAGCUGACGUACGAUACAUGUGCCACAUGCUGCAAUCCCAAGGGACAGAAAUGUGAAUUCAGUUUGUGCAAGGGAUGCUGCAAGAAGAAGUCGCUGCAGGAGAUUUUGGACUGUGCUGGUCACAACCUCUCUUUCAAGACGAAGGCCGAGAGGAAACGACUCGAGAGUGAACAGCAAUCUGCUGCCUGUGAAGCAUUUGCUGCAGCUGGCGCCAGUAACGGCGCCGAGUGUCAACAGUCAACAUCAGUCAACAGAACGAGUGCUGACCCAUCAACUGAAGACUUGUGCAGCACAGACACUGUACCAUGUGAAACUGAUAAACAUUCAGCUGAAGGAUCCGAUGUAGUUUUGUAGCACACAUACAUGGAAUAUAUACACAUCCCAUCUCAUCACUUGACAUGAUGCUCUGCCAGAUACGAUGCAUCACAAUAUCUAUGCUGCCAUGGAGAUCAUAUAUUUACUUACAAGAUACAUCCUGUGAUUUAAAUACAAAUGAGGUCAUGAAGUCUUUAAAUACUCUGGCUGGUGAAGGUGGUUAUAGUCUCUAUCAGUGAAUGAGUAUGGUUUUACGCCGCUUUUAGCAAUAUUCCAGCAAUAUCACGGCGGGGGACACCAGAAAUAGGCAUCACACAUAUAGUGAGUAUGGUUUUAUGCUGCUUUUAGCAAUAUUCCAGUAACAUCACAGCGGGGGACACCAGAAAUGGGCUUCACACAUGUGAGGAAUCGAACCCAGGCCUUUGACAUGAUGAGCGAACGCUUUAACCACUAGGCUACCCCACCGCCCUAAAGUCGCUAUCGAACAGGCUAGAAGUUGAUUUGGUACUGGGGGAAAUUCUGUGGCUGAAUUUUUUAAAUGCCUGCAAAUACUGCUGUAAUAAGCAAUUCUUUUUUUAAGUGUAUAAAAAUUAUAAAGAAAAUAUUUUGGACCAAUUUGUACGAUGAUUUUCCUGUUUAAGUUAAUAUAGUUUUGUUUUAAGAUGGAGGGCCAUGUUUCACAAAGUGUCAAAGAUCUUAAUUUAAGGCAUUGGUCGGAUGAUGAUUCUUCCUCAGUCAGCAAUGUAUUCAUGAUGUGGGUGUCACCAAAGUGAAGAAUCAGCAUCACCAAGGGAUUUCCAGUUUCCAUACCCAAUAAGUGACAUCCCCUGAUAAAACAGAAAUACUGUUCACACUCACAGAUCGAACACGUGUCAGUUGGACAGUGUAGGACGUUCAUGUACAGAUGGUUUUACCAGCUGCGUAGAAUGUUGAAUAUAUUCGGGGAUGAGAAUGGAUAUUUUCUUUUUCAGCUGAAACAUCCUUGCAGUGGAGCGUGGUCCAUAAAUCGGGGCUGUUAAUGGGGGGAAGCCAUCAGAUUUUACAAAUUUGUGGUCACUGAAAUACGUGGAUCCGCGGAAGAUUCUCACUCCUGUAUGUUACAUGACCUUUUCAAUGACCCCUAUGGGGAUUCUAGGUUAGCAUUGGUCAACCUAUCCUGGUCGUAAGAGGUGACCUCAAGAUUGGGUGGUCAGGCUCAGUAACUUGGUUGAUGGCGUCUCAUCAUACCCUGAUGGCGUGAAUAGUUGUUCGCAUUAUCAAUCACUGGAUUGCUUGGUCCAGA